AUCUGAUUGAGGAGUGCAGAGCAGGGGAGAGCCUAUGCCAUCCGCUCAGCUGAUACGAAACAACGCCUUCCAAGACUAGUCCAAAACCUUUCAAGCUUCCAUAACACAUCAACUAUCUGAGAGAGAUCUCUUCAUUUACUCCCGUACAACCUCAAGAGAAAAGGGUCCAAAAUGUCUCAGAAGAUCAAAGCCGGUUCUGUGGUCGAGAUGCAAGGAGAUGAGAUGACUAGGGUAAUAUGGGAGCUCAUAAAAGAGAAACUCAUCUUUCCUUAUCUGGAGCUGGACCUGCACAGCUUUGACCUGGGAAUGGAGAACCGCGAUGCCACCGACGACAAGGUGACGGUUGAGGCGGCGGAGGCUGUGAGGCGCUACAACGUUGGCAUCAAGUGCGCCACCAUCACUCCUGAUGAGAAGCGUGUGGAGGAGUUCAAGCUCAAGAAGAUGUGGCGCUCUCCCAAUGGAACAAUCAGGAACAUCCUGGGUGGCACUGUGUUCCGAGAGGCUAUUAUCUGCAAAAACAUUCCCCGCUUGGUUCCAGGCUGGAUCAAGCCUAUAAUUAUUGGCAGACACGCACAUGGUGACCAGUACAAAGCUACAGAUUUUGUUGUCCCAGGCCCUGGAACAGUGGAAAUGACGUACACUCCCAAAAACGGAGGGGAGCCGCUUAAGUUUGUUGUCCAUGACUUUGAAGGUACUGGUGGAGUUGCUCUGGGGAUGUACAACACAGACAGCUCAAUCCGAGACUUUGCUCACAGCUCUUUACAGAUGGGGUUGACCAAAGGCUGGCCGAUGUAUCUCAGCACCAAGAACACCAUCCUGAAGAAAUAUGAUGGCCGUUUCAAAGAUAUUUUCCAGGAGAUCUAUGAAAAAGACUACAAGGCUCAGUAUGAGGCCAAAGGCAUCUGGUAUGAGCAUCGGCUGAUUGAUGACAUGGUGGCUCAGGCCAUGAAGUCUGAAGGUGGCUUUAUCUGGGCCUGCAAGAACUAUGAUGGAGACGUGCAGUCAGACUCUGUAGCUCAGGGUUAUGGGUCACUGGGUAUGAUGACCAGCGUGCUCAUAUGUCCUGACGGGCGUACUGUAGAAGCUGAGGCAGCCCAUGGCACCGUCACGCGGCAUUAUCGGAUGCACCAGCAGGGCAAGGAGACGUCCACCAACCCCAUCGCCUCGAUCUUUGCGUGGACGCGAGGGCUGCUGCACCGGGCGGAGCUGGAUAAGAACGCAGAGCUGCGUGUGUUUGCUGAGGCACUAGAGGCCGUUUGUAUUGAGACCAUUGAAGCUGGUUUCAUGACCAAGGACCUGGCCAUCUGCAUCAAGGGCAUGUCUGGUGUUGCACGCUCAGAUUACCUCAACACUUUUGAGUUCUUGGACAAACUGGCCGAGAAUCUGAAGAUAAAGUUGUCAAGCCAGCCCAAACUGUAAAGAUGCUGGAUUUUGAUGGGGUGUCCACGCGCACGCAGCCCUCAACCCACGUCAAGCCGCAUCUCCUGUCUAACCGGGACCAAAGACAGAGAAAUUGACUUCACCACUACAACCAGUAGGGGAAGCAGUGCACUUUCAACUGGAAGACAUGAAAGUGCCUUUUUAAAUGGAAGGAGCUACUGUAACCUUCAUUAUGCUUUUAAAAACAAAUUGGAAACAUUCAUAUAGGAAAUUUUUAUCUAUAUUUAUACAUUUUAUCAUUGCCAUUUUAUUUUUAAUCAUGCCCCCUGUAGUGCAUAAAUAUGUGUAUUAAUGUUCUACUGCUAUAGUGCAGCCCAUCUCUCAGGUGCUUGAAAACCUGUUGCCUUAUCAAAUGCAUCUGUAAUUCGUCUUCAGACAGCCACUCUUGAAGCCAUCCCAAGAACCGCAAGAUUAGGUCUUAACAAUGUAAAUACCUGCUUUUAACUGAAAUGCUGGUAGUUGACACCGGUAGACAUUCCUCUUCAUUCUUCAACACUCUGUACCACUGUCUGUCACCGUUUUACAAACUAAUUUCCUUAUGUUUCGGUUUAUGUCAGUCUGUGUGCUCAUGUGAUCAGGUCUUGUGAUAUGACGUCAAUAAUAAAUGAGACUUUUUAAGAAGAGUAUCUCA